GAAGUAAUCCAAUUUUUUAUUUUAUUUUAUUUUUGUUUUUGUUGUUGUUCUUUUGAAAGUAGUAGCUUGCCUAUUGUACUGAAGAUCGUUAGGGUUUAGGUGGCUGUUCCGUCGUAGUGAAUAAUGGAAGGAAAGAGAAACGUGCGCAUUUGCUGUUUAUGCAACGAAAGAAGAGCUUCUCUCAAGAGACCUAAAACCCUUCAACAAAUUUGCACUGAAUGUUUCUACCUCGCCUUCGAAAACGAGAUUCACCAAAUCAUCCUUUCCAACCGUCUCUUCUCCCGCGGCGACCGCGUCGCCAUCGGCGCUUCCGGCGGUAAAGACUCCACCGUCCUCGCCUACGUUUUAUCUAAACUCAACCGCGUCCACGAUUACGGCCUCCAUCUCUUCCUCCUCUCCGUCGACGAAGGCAUCACCGGCUACCGCGACGAUUCCCUUGAAACCGUUCAUCGAAACCAGAUUCAGUAUGGAUUGCCUCUCAAAAUUGUUUCCUACAAGGAUUUAUACGGUUGGACGAUGGACGAGAUUGUCAAACUCAUCGGUCUGAAGAACAAUUGCACUUUCUGCGGCGUCUUCCGUCGCCAGGCGCUUGAUCGGGGAGCUGCUUUCCUGAAAGUGGAUAAACUGGUGACAGGACACAAUGCCGAUGAUAUAGCGGAGACGAUUCUGUUGAACAUAUUGAGAGGAGAUAUAGCUAGAUUGAGUAGAUGCAGUUCAAUUGUAACAGGUGAAGAUGGGCCAAUCCCUAGAUGUAAACCUUUCAAAUAUACUUAUGAAAAAGAGAUUGUUAUGUAUGCUUAUUUCAAGAAGCUUGAUUACUUUUCCACUGAAUGCAUUUAUUCUCCAAAUGCUUAUCGUGGUUUUGCUCGCGAGUUCAUCAAGGAUUUGGAGCGAAUCAGACCCAGGGCCAUUCUCGACAUCAUAAAAUCCGGGGAGAAUUUCAGGAUUUCUACCACUACUAAAAUGCCCGAGCAGGGAACGUGUGAACGUUGUGGUUAUAUUUCAAGUCAGAAAUGGUGUAAAGCUUGUGUUCUGCUUGAUGGAUUGAAUCGAGGUUUGCCUAAACUGGGAAUUGGACGGAGUCGGGUUGAAGUUGGUUGCAAGGAAGAAAAUGAAAGCCAUGGAAGAAAAAGCAUUGAGAGCAAACAAUGUGGAUCUUUAGACUUCUGAUUUUCUGUGUAGGCAUCAUUAUAACAGCGGGUUCUAAUUGAUGAUCAAAGGUACUUGCAGUUAAUAUCUAUCAGUAAAUUCCAUGGCAGUUGGUUAAAUGUCAGUAUAUCUGAUGUCAAAAAGUAUAAGGCAGGUAGACUUUGCAGAACAUUGUAGUAAUAUAAAAAUAAUGAUUAUUGAUUAAAACAACAAGUCUUGAAUAGUUGCAUUAUUCACAGAUUUUGUUACUUUUCCUUGUAGUUAAUUAAACAUCUCUAGCUUCAUUUUGUGAGCAAUAUUUUGCGGUACAGUUAUUUGUAUCUUUAUACUCAGAAUUCGUCCAUACAACUCAACAAUGUACUACUGUAGAAUGCAACCUCAAGUACUGGCUUGCAUAUCCUUGAGACAUGCAACUUGAGUUUUGAUAUUGCAAUAUUGCUUAUGUUCUUCUCUAGCAAUGGCUUUCUUGAAGAAAGCAAGAAUAAUUGAGCACUGUUUUCACAUUGGUA